CGGAACUACUCAAUUUCACAUUCGCCAUCUUGACACGUAGCCGAGAGGCAGAGGAACAGAGAGGGAGUAACGGGAGCGGGGUUCGGUUUGGAAAUUAAAUCAAACGGAGGGAAACGCGGCCAGGCGUGGAGAUACUACACUUUAAACAGCUGGGAUCAUCUGCAGACGGGGAAGUAGUCGUUGGAGUGGCUGAAAUGAAAGAAGCACAGAGACAGGGAUGAAGAUGCUCUCCACUCUCCCUCUGGACCUCCUCAUCCAUCCCAUUAGCUUCAUCUAGAGUUCACCUGGUGUUUUUUUUUUUUUUUUUUUACAAGGCCAGACUGUAAAAGAGUUAACAAUACACAUCUUUUUUAAUUACUUCUGGAAAAACACUGACACUCGCUACCACUUUAUUUUAGAAACAAAUAAUUUUUAUUGAAAACAUGGCUAACAUGUGCCCGUAUGGUCGCUUCACCCAUGCCGUGGUGCGGGGCAUCCCAGAGACCUUUGGGAAGCCAGCGGGGGACGGUCGUGAGAACGGCGAGAUCUCUGUGGACCUGGCCAAAGCUCAGCGUCAGUUCGGCUGCCUGACGGGAGCCCUGAGGCAGAAGGUGGGCCUGCAGCUGAUCGAGAUCCCCCCUGACCCCGAGCUGCCGGAGAGCUGGAGGAUAGAGGAUGUGGCAGUCAUCCAGGGAGACACGGCGCUCAUCACCAGGCCCUUCAAACAGCAGAGACGCUGUGAGGUGGAGGCGGUGAGGAGGGUGAUGUCGGAGCUCAACCUGACCGUGGUGGAGAUGGGGACAGAGGAGGGCGACUCUGCAGGAGCCACCCUGGAGGGCAGCGACGUCCUCUUCACGGGGAGGGAGUUCUUCGUUGGCAUCUCCUCCCACACCAACCGCAGAGGGGCAGAGGUGCUCGCAGACACUUUCAGGGACUUUGCUGUGUCCACGGUCCCUGUCUGCGGUGGAGCCCGACUGAAGAACAUCUGCUCCAUGGGAGGCCCAGACACAAUCAUCAUCAGCAACAGUGACGGGGCCAAGAAGACACUCAGGAUGAUGGAGCAGCUGACUGAUCAUCACUAUGAAAUCCUCACUGUCCCUGAGGAAUCAGCCGCAAACUGCAUCUACAUCAAAGGUCCGUCUAAGCGGGACUUCCUGCUCCACCGGCCUACAGAGGAGUGUCCAGACAGCAUCUCUGCCUUCCAGAAGCUGCAGGACUAUACCCACCUCCCUACAGCCUGCAGCGAGGCCUCCAAGCUGGGAGCGUCUCUGUCCUCGCUCUGCCUUCUCAUCAACAGAAAACACACGUAUUUCUGAAGACGGCGCUCCGUAUGUCACCCCGCAUUUUACCUGCACGUGUUGGUGGUGGUGGAGGGGGCCUUUGAAAUACUUCCCACUGAUUACAAAUCUCAUCUAUUUAUUGUUAAAGGAAACACUGACACACAGUAUUUGUAUGAGACAGAAUGAUCCAUCUGUUAGCAGACUUAAUGUCAGCACACCAGCUGAUACAGCUGCACCCCCUGCUGGACAAACACCACGGCACACACAAGUCUAACAAAACCACUAAAUCCAGCUGUAGUUUCUCACUGUUUAAAUUGUAAUUUGUGAGCACCACUGAGCUAACACAACAUAUUUACUAAAAUGGACAAAAAAGCAGUUAAUUUUAAGAUGUUUUAUGGCCCUUUUUAGUUUUAAGGAAACAGAAUUCAGUGCUUUUUAAGAGCUGCAGAUAACCCUGUGAUACCUUUGCAGAUUCACAACCAUGUAUAGCUCUUACAGUAUAUCCACAAUACAACAGGUUGGUAUCCAUUUCAUUACUCUCCAAGUAUUUGUUUUACUGACAUUUUCAAUUACAGGACAUGUAGCUGUUAAGUAUAAGAAAUGCAGAUUUUUUUUUUUUUUUUUUUUGCUUUUCCUAUGUAUGAAUUUGUAGCAAGUAUAGACACGUAAAUAAAAUUCUAAAAUUCAUCUGACAACUUUUAACACUCGUCACCUUGCUCCUGUGUAAUUUGCACUCAGUUGUCAGUUUAUUAGGUAUGCUAAGCUAAAGCUAAUUCAACCAACCUGUAGUAAAUCCUACAUUCAUGAAGAUUUUAAUGUUCAGUUUUUGUUAAAACUGUUUGAUUCAGCUUUAUUGCCAUUUUUGAGGAUGCAGUUUGUGUUGCUGUUGAAUUAUACUGUAUUAGGAGGUGUUAUUAUUUUGUCCAUUACAUUUGUAUUAAGGCUAAAUAACAGAAACACCUCUCUAUAAUGUAAAUUCAACACAAACUACAUCCUCUAAAAUGAUAAUACAUUUGAAUCAACACAAGCUGAACAUUAUAACCUUAAAGAAUUUAUUGCAGGUCUGAUGUAUUAGAUGCUUAAUUUUAGCCACAGUAGGUGUACCUAAUAAAUUGGUAACCAAGUUUAUACAUCUGUCAAA